AUGAAGGAGGAUAAAAAAAUUACAGGCUUCAUCGGCCUAAACAACAAUUUCCAGACACAAGAAUUCCACCUCAAGCUCAAUGAAAACAUGUCAAUGGAAAGCUUCAUUAGCUUGAACAUGAGCAACAAUGGAGGUUCAAUAGCAUUCUCUAUCACCAACAGCAGCGUGGGAUCAAAUAACUCCUCCAAUGGUUCCAACACCCGGAUGUUCCUAUUACCCAACCAUGGUUCGAACCCAUAUACCAAUGGUGUUGGCCAUAGUGUAGUUAACAACAGAGGAAGAACAAGAAUCCCAAAUGGGUCAACCUCGACCCCUGAUGCAUUGGCUCAAGCCUUACUAGAUCCUCGUUUCCCUACAAAAGGUCUACAAAACUAUGAAAAAUGGACCAUUGAGCUUAAGAAACUCAACAUGGGUCCCGCUUUUGCUCAAGGUGCUUUCGGGAAGCUUUAUAAAGGGAUCUACAAUGGUGAAGAUGUUGCGAUAAAGCUUUUGGAAAAACCAGAAGAGAAUUUAGAUGUGGCAAAUGCUAUGGAGAAACAAUUUCAGCAAGAAGUGAAGAUGCUUGCGGGAUUAAAGCAUCCGAAUAUUGUAAGAUUCAUCGGAGGGUGUCAUAAACCGAUGGUGUGGUGUAUAGUCACGGAGUAUGCGAGGGGUGGUUCGGUUAGGCAGUUUUUGAACAGGCGGCAGAAUAGGGCGGUGCCGCUCAGAUUGGCGGUGAAACAGGCGGCGGAUGUGGCUAAGGGAAUGGAGUAUGUUCAUGGGGUUGGAGUGAUUCAUCGGGAUUUGAAAUCGGAUAAUCUUUUGAUUUCAAAAGAUCAAUCAAUUAAGAUUGCGGAUUUUGGUAUUGCGAGGAUUGAGGUUAGGACAGAAGGGAUGACACCCGAGAUGGGGACGUAUCGGUGGAUGGCUCCGGAGAUGAUUCAGCAUAGGCCCUACACACAAAAAGUGGAUGUGUAUAGCUUUGGGAUUGUGUUAUGGGAACUUAUAACAGGGAAGCUACCAUAUCACAACCUUACAGAUGUACAAGCUGCAUUUGCUGUUGUGAAUAAAGGUAUUCGUCCGGCUAUUCCAGAUGAUUGUAUUCCGAUUCUUGGUGAAAUAAUGACACGUUGUUGGGAUGUGGACCCACAUGUGAGGCCACACUUCAGUGAAGUUGUUAAAAUGUUGGAAACGGCUGAAAUUGAGGUUGUGACAUCGGUUAGGAAGGCUCGGUUUAGAAGCUGUUGUGUACCCAUGACAAUUGAUUGAUAUGUACGAUUUUAAAGAUAACGAAAAAUAGAAGUGGUUUUAUUAUUAUAUAUGUAUUUAAAGGAUGAUUUCUUUCUAUGUAUACGUUGAAAAGAAAGGGAAAUGUGAUAUGAAGUAUGAACUGCCUGUUUUGUGGGUGGUAUGUUAAUAUGUUUA